AUGAUCAACUCAAGGCCACUUCAGGGUCUGUCUAUCCCAGCAGAACCUUUGACAGAGUCGAGAGAGAUAUCGAUCGCGAUACGAGGCCAAACAGGGAUCAGUAUCAGUCGUAUAACAGAGAUAGGAGAAGCAGCGGGUAGCUCAACCAACAUCAUUCAAUCAAGGGUCGCGGAGCAGCUCGGUCUACAAGACCAAAUCGUGCUUGCAGUUCGAAUUCUGAAUGGAUUCAACAUGGCAUGUGAGGCCACUAAGGGUGAAAUAACGUUACCCAUAAACUCCGCUGGGACCAUCCAGGAGACUAAAUUUUAUGUGAUCGAAGGGGACAUGAGGUAUAAUGCUUUAUUUAGGAGGAUAUGGAUCCAAAACAUGAGGGAGGUGCCCUCGACACUACACCAGGAACUGAAAUUCCCAACACCUGACGGAGCCAAAACAAUCUACAGAGAACAGCCAGCUACGAAGGAAAUGUUCGCGGCCGAGGAGGUGAUACCGUCAUCUACAGUUUCAACAUCGAAGGGCCCAAACAAGAUGGUAAAAAACGGGGCCAAAUAG